GCGGCAACCCUGACAAACCGUCAGCGAAUUUGGUGGAUGGUGGGCGAAAACACGAAGAAAAAAAAAUAAAAGUUGUUUCUGGCGAACAAAACCAAUUGGAAUGCCAGUGUUUCAGUGACUGUGAAAAGUAUGCGGGAUAAAUCCAGUUGAAAACCGUAAAUCAAUAGUGCCCCGUUUAUGGCUCGGGAAAUUCGCUGCAUUUAAGCCUGGAUGAUUAGGCAGAAGAACAGGUUUUAGGCCGUGGCAACAACGAAAGAGAAAAAAACUUGGGACUGGCUUAUACCAUUUACGCCAUUAGCUGAGGUCGCCGUCGAUUGUUUUGUGUGUGUGUAUGGGCUUGCGGGCGUUUUGUUUUGUUGUCUGUUCAAUAUUUGGCUAUAUUUCCCAAAUCCAAUUAACAAUUAACGGCUGAACGGGGAAAAAGUGCAACAAUUUCUGGCUAAUUGAAUUUUACGUGUAUUUUAUUUUGGUUUUAGACCAGCGCAACAACAACAGCGAGCAGCGAGUAGAAGAGAGAGCGAAGAGAGUGUUUCUUCUUUUUUGUUUUUUUUUUUCUUGGCUUAAACCAAAGCUCAGGUAGUCAGAAUACACACACGCACACACAGAGACGGAGAGAGAGAGACGUAUCUAUACAAAUGGCUAGCACGCAAAGCUAAAACAAUAAUUAUCCAAUUAAACGGUUGUCAAAGAAUGCAUUUAAUUUCAUUGGUCAAUGGCUCUCCGUGAGACGAUGCAGACUGCCAGAGCCAGUUCCUCGCAGAAACGCCACGAAUAAGAAGCCACAAACCAUGUGAUGCAGCAGCGGAGGUCGAGAGGUCGGAACACGCAGCCUACAAGUAGCUAGGUCAACCACACACAACCCCCGCACCACACACAGGCACGCAGAUCCCCGGACGCGGAACGAUAAUCCACGCGACAGCCGCCAGAUGAGCUGGCUGCCGGGGCUCCUGGGGCUGCAGCUCCUGCUGCAGUUCCUGUGGCUCCUGCGGCUGCCCGGCGAGCUGCAGGCCAUUCCCACGCCUCUUAAGUUGCCAGGCUACACCCACAGGUUGACUCCCUACAUCAAGCACUGGGAGGCGGCGAACUUCGAUCGCGGUGUACUGCAGGCAGCCCAAGUCAGGCACCUCGAGCAGGCUCGCUUCCGGCAGAAGCGACAUGUGGAGGAGGAGGCCAGCACCACGCCAAGUGGCCUGGCGCACACCAUUCGCUUAAAUUUCUCCGCCCACGACAGAGAUUUUCGUCUGGUGCUGCGUCAACAGCCGCAUUCGGUGUUCGCCCACGACGUGGAGAUCGAGAAUACUCUGGGUCCCAUCGACUACGAUGUAUCGCGCAUCUACACGGGCAGUCUGGAGGAUGACGAGGCGGCCCAUGUACAGGCCAUCCUGACCAGUGACAACCUGCUGGAUGGAACGAUAGAGACGCAAGCGGAGCACUAUUACAUAGAGCCGGCGCAACGCUACUCCCAGCAGCUGGCCGAGAGCGGUGUCCACAGCAUAGUCUAUAAGUUAAGUGAUGUAAAUAUGCAGAAGGAACAGUUUACGGGAGGAGGACUCAACUCUGCGGCGCCCGUCAAGACGCACUGUGCCAGCGAGAAGCUGAGAAAGAAACGCUGGCUGCCAGAGGAGCUGGCCAUGUCGGAUGCUCCUGCGCCCACAUAUAAUCGCAAUCCGCCCCUGCCGCUUGAUCUGGAGGUGCCCUACAACGACGACUUUCGUGUGCUGGCCUCCGAGGAGGACAAGAGCGACGAGUCACCCAGGAAGUACCCAACCACAUCCACGACCAGGAGCACAGUGCGCAGCACGGAGAGCUUCCUGGCCACGCUGACGAAACCAACGUCGAAUCGCAACAUACUUGUAAAUAACUACAAUCCCUCCAAUGUCGGCGAGGGCAGUCGCAGCUACAGUAACAGCAACAGUAAUAGUAAUAAUAACAAUAAUAAUAACAAUAGCGGAAACAAUCUCCGGAAGUUGUACACGAAGCACAAGAACAUCAUUGUGAGCACGUACAAUCGACCCAUUGAACCGGAAUUCGGUACGCCCUACGAAGAACCCAGCAACAAUGGCAGCCGGGGCGACCUGCCCAGCAACUUCUUCAAUGCCAACUGGACGACGCUGUUUCUGGGUAACCAGAACAAUGGCAAUGACCGGCCUAGCCACAAGACGCACGUGGAGAUUAUUACCAAGAAUGGAGCCACCAAGAAGCCAAAUAUAAUUGUGAACAACUACAAUCCAGAGAUUAUAUUCGCUCCCAAUCCACACAAUCCAAGCUUCAACAGCAUGCUGAUGACGAAUCUCCUAAGCGGCCGGGGCGAGGAUAUCCAUAGUUCCCCGCGUCUGCUCUACGAUCGCAAGACCACCUGCAUGCUGUACCUGCAGGCGGAUCACACCUUCUUCCAGAAAAUGGGCUCGGAUGAGGCCUCCAUUGAGGCCAUAACGCGGCAUGUGCAGCGAGCCAAUACAAUAUACCGAAAUACCGAUUUCAACAAUGAUGGCAAGCCGGAUAACAUUACAUUCAUGAUCAAGCGUAUCAAGGUGCACAACAUGAAUGCGAUGAAGGAUCCCAGCUAUAGAUUUCCAGGAAACUAUGGCGUUGAAAAGUUUCUGGAACUAUUUUCAGAGGAAGACUACGAUGCCUUUUGCUUGGCCUACAUGUUCACCUAUCGGGAUUUCGAAAUGGGAACCUUGGGUUUGGCCUGGACAGGGGAUCUAAAAAACGCAGGUGGAGUGUGCGAAAAGAAUGGUCACUAUAGAGGUUCCCUCAAGUCUCUGAACACGGGCAUUGUGACUCUUUUAAAUUAUGGAAAGCAUGUGCCGCCCGCCGUGUCCCAUGUGACUUUGGCCCACGAAAUCGGCCACAACUUUGGCUCUCCGCAUGAUCCGGAGCAGUGUACGCCUGGUGGCGAGGACGGCAACUUUAUCAUGUUUGCUCGCGCCACAUCGGGCGACAAGAAGAACAACAACAAGUUCAGCACUUGCUCUUUGAAAUCGAUAGAGCCUGUGCUGAAUGCCAAGGCACGUUCCAUGAAAGGUUGCUUUACGGAGCCGCAGUCCUCGAUUUGCGGCAACGGCGUGGUGGAGCCGGGCGAGCAGUGCGACUGCGGCUGGGAGGAGGAUUGCAAGGACUCGUGCUGCUUCCCCAUGUCGCGUCAGCCGCGCAUCGAUGAGACUCCCUGUACCCUGACACCACACGCCCGCUGUAGUCCCUCGCAAGGACCCUGCUGCACCACCGACUGCAAGCUGAAGUUUGGCGAUAAGUGUCGCGAUGACAACGGCUGUCGGGAUCCAUCGUUCUGCGACGGGCGUGUGCCACAGUGUCCGCCAUCGGUGAACAAGCCGAACAAGACCAUCUGCAACAAGGAGUUUGUGUGCUACAUGGGCGACUGCACUGGUAGCAUUUGCCUGGCCUAUGGCCUUGAAUCGUGUCAGUGCAUUCCGGGGCCCCAGGACGAUAGGAUCAAGUCCUGUGAGCUGUGCUGUAAGCUACCCGGCGAGGAUAAUCCCUGCCGCAGUUCCUUUGAAUGGAAUGAGGCGCCCUUCGAUGUGCCCGAUAUGUACUCGAAGCCGGGAACGCCCUGCAACGAUUAUAAUGGAUACUGUGACGUCUUUCAGAAGUGCCGAGAGGUGGAUCCCUCUGGUCCUUUGGCCACUUUGCGUAAGCUCUUGCUUUCGGAGGAGAGCAUUGCCACAUUCAAGAAGUGGAUGCAGCACAACUGGUACACUGUGGCUCUGGCUGCCAUUGGUGUUAUCCUGCUCCUGGCGCUGAGCACAAAACUGCUGGCGAAACGCUCGAAUCUGAAGCUUAAAUCCGUCACCAUUAUACACAGUGCCACCACGGAGACAGUCCGACUGCCGGAGAACAACAACGGAGUGAUAGUACACACCGCCGUGCGGACAAAGGUUCCAUUUAAGAAGAAAGUGCGUGGCGAGCGAAGCAAGAAACCAGGACCGACGACAACGGGGGCGGUGGCAGGAGCAGCUGGUGUAACUGGAGCCGCUGGUGUGACAUCCCGAGGAGCUGCCAAAAACAUUGCCACUGCAGAGCCCAAGAAGACGACUCGACCCCAGGCUAUGAACAAGAAGAAAUCCCUCGAAGAAGAUCCCAAGAAAUUGAACAAAAAGCUGGGCAAACACAUGAAGGAGAUUAUUGACUACUCGCACCGCAACAACAAUGGUGCGGAUGAUGCCUCCAAUCUGUCGACUACCAACAACCACACCAACACCUUUGGCAAGGUGCAGAAAUGGCUGCUGGAAUCGCCCAUUGUGGCGCAACCUUUGUCCCACAUCGAGCACAGUUCUAGGGUUCGCAAGGUGAUGAGCAAAUCGCAAUCCACUCCCGAGAGGCUGGUGCAGAAGACACCACAGAAGACAAAGUCCAUGGGUAAUCUGUCCAACGAGAAGGUCAAGCUGCAGGUGGUGUACAAGCCGCCCUUUAAGUUCUCCCUGCGGCUGUCCAAGAAGCCCAAGGUAAAGACCCAUGUAGUGGGUGCUGGGGCUCGACCAAAGCGAGGACAAAAGACCAGUGGUGGCCGGGCUGCUGGACCAUCAUCCUCGGGUUCAAAGGAAGCCACAACGCGCGCCAAAAGGAGUGCAUUGCUGCUCUGCAACGAGGCUGAGGACGACAACCAAAUCCUCACCCUCAACGAGCCCAAUUACGAGACCUUAAAGCCGCCAACGCCACCCCGUUCAAUGGAGCACUGCUACGAGAACGUGGAUAUGCAGGUCGAGGCCUCAUCUUCGAAGCCCAGCAGCAGCAGCAAAGUGGCUCCUAGCUCGCAGAAUAGAGCGAGCCUCCUGGACGGAGCUCCACAGCCGGCGCCUGCGCCUGUUCAAAGGAGCUCCUAUCGCAGAUCCAACUCGCUGUCCAACCACAAUCCCUUUGCGGCAGCUCCUCGUCGUAGCAGCAGCAAGGCCAGCGGAUCAGUUAAUCUGACUCGUAACUUUGGCAGCACACAGAAUCUGAUAAAUCUCAGUCAGAAUCUGGCCAAAACCAAAAAGCGCAGCAGCCUGAACCUCAAGGCCAGCAGUGGAGGAAACAGUGGAGCAGCUAGGGGUCCUAAAGAUCCGCCAACAAUGGCAGUUGCCUCGCCCCAGAGGCGUUCCUCCUCCAAUGCGAAUCUACGCCGGGAUAGCAGUGUCUCCUCUUCAAAAGCUGUGCCUAUUCCCCCGACCAGAAACUCCCGGAACAGCUUCAGCAACAUUCCCAGGGCAAGCCUAGGAGGAGGUGGUAAUGGUAACUCCAAUGCCACUUCAGGGCCUCCGCCCAGUUUCUCUCGCCAAUCUUCCAGCAGCACAGCAACCAGCAGCUCUUCUAUUGCUCCACCCGGAGCAGCCUUGCAACAAUCCGCCUCCACAAGCGCCAUGCAGCGCCAGCCACCCACGCAGCCCACGAGGAGAAGCCUCCACAACUUUCGGUCGCGUUCCACUGCAACUGGUCCGCCGCCGCCGCAAGUUGCUGGGAAGCCAGGUACAGCAGCUGGAGCAACUGCUGCCACAUCAACGGAGAACAACGAGCUGCCCUCCGAUCUAGAGGUGGUCGUCUCCGAUGUGGAGAAUCUGGUUAGCUAAGGGCAGCCGGUCCGGGUCCGGUUCCCAUUCCGAUUCCGAUACCAGUUCCCCAAGCCAACCAAGUGAAAGUGAUAAGUCUUAAUGUUAGUUAUACAAAUUGUCGCAUAGGUUUACUUGCAUACAUAUAUAUAUAUUUGUACAGACAUUGCAUUAUAUAUAUGUGUACUUUACACUGCCUUAAACUUGCCGUUUCUGCUGAAUAUGUGAAUACCACGCCCACUCACCCGACACUCGGACACACAGACACGAAACUGAACCGCAUUCCACGCAUAUUGCCACGCCCAUAUAAAUCCCCCGACCAAGGCUGCAGCACAGCAGCGCCCACGGAACCAAUUCACCCAAGCGCCCAACCCGCCCACUGAACGCCACCGCAAUCCCAACCGCCAGCCGCACUCACCGCACUUUGUACCUUUCAAACUGUUUACUGUUGUACUGAGUAUUGUGUAAAUUUCCUUUUGGCUAAAAGUAUCUUGUUACCAGCUGCAAAUUUCGUGAGUUUUCGCAAGUUGUAUUUAGUUUGGAAAGCAAAUUUUAGUUACAAUUCGAUUUAGAGUUCUUGAAUUCUUCGAAUUUAGUGGAAUCUUUCUAAUAUUUCCUUUUCUCUGACACCAAAAGUCAAUGUAUUAGAGUUAAAAAGACAUAUUGAAGCAAGAUUGAUAAAUUAGUAUGUCUUAUUUUAUUUUAUUUAAAAUUUGCAGUUGGUAACAUGCAUCCAUAUAUAUUAAGUUAAACCAUUUCGAUGUGUGUUUUUCUGAGCAAUGAAUGAGCUUUACUUUACGCCAUCAAUAUAAACCUUUCUCAUUUUUAUAAACACUCUAUUGAAAUGGAUAACCCUAUUCACACUUGGCAUCCUAAUUUCAAUUAAUUUUAGAACAGUAUUACUGAAAAUGUUAUGUACCUACUACUAUCAUCGAUCAAUUUAUACAUUAGUUUGGCCUGCUCUUUACCUACAAGUUUCAAACAACGAUCACUACGAUUCAUCUGAACUUAGACGACACACAGAUCAAUACAAGGUGCUAUUUUUAGUAACGAACUAAAACGUAAAAUAUUAGCCGAGAACAUUUCGAAAAAUCCUUUGCAUAUUUUCUCAAGAUCAAAACUAAGAUUAGGAACGCAUAUAGGAAGAAUGAGGUUGGAGUAGCCUAUAGAUAAGAUGUGGAGCCGGGGAAGUUGCAAAUAAGUGUACGGAAUAGAUUCAGAGAUAACCAACGAUAACUGUCAAUAAAUCAAAAGCGUCAUGCAUCGAAAGUAGGUUUUAGAGAAUGCCACAUAGAACUCCCAAUCACCCCACCUGUUGACCACGCCUCCCAUAGGUCCCAUAGAGCGAGCAGGGGCAUCCCUGCUGGCCAAUGCAAUUCCGUAGCUGUAGUGUAAAUAUGAUAUCGACAGGACAUAGUUUUUAUAUGCAAUACCGAGAUAUAGAGCAAUGAGAACAAACCUACGAUAUUGAUAACGCGCCUAGGAUAUACAUAUAUAGAGUCACAUUCCGUAUCGAAUCACAGAGCAAGCGGCUUUCGAGUAACACACACACUAAUCCACAACACCCCCAGCAGCAGCAAUAACGAUCCGUAGGAUAAGUUAACAAACAAUUGAUAUUUGUAGCUAUAUGAAUGUGUAGGAAAUCAAAGGCGUAUCAUAAUUAUAUAUACAUACGAGCAUUUGGGUAUAUUUUUGUGGAAUAUACAUAUUGAUAAGAGAUCCAUAACAUAUAUGUAUAGUAAGCUCAGCUCAAGAAACCGACGAACGAACCCUAAAGAUCGAAAACGAGACAGAAAAGACAGUUAACGCGUAGGCCAGUAAAGAAACAGAAACGGAAUAGUUACGAGUACGCGACAAUCGCUUUGAAAUGCUUAAAAGAAAUAAUGAUAAACCCGAAGAAAUUAAAGUUUAGUUUCUAGUUAUUUAAUUAUGAAAUUAUACAAGGCAGAGAGUCAAAGGAAAAUGGCAAAUGCCUUAUAAUAACAAGAUGAGUAACGCAAGUGUAUGAGCCUUAUGCAUCUUCUUAUUAUAAGGUCUUUGGUAAGGGCAGAGAGACAGGCAGGAAAGUGAGUUGAAACUUACCAAAAACAAAACAAAAAAAUAUAAUAAAAAUAAAAAUGAUAAAAUGACAAAGGAUAUAAUAAAUGCCAAUGUUUGUGUACUGUAUAUAAUUAAAUGCAAAUGAUUAUUGUCUAAGCAGAUGGAUGCGAGUAUUUUGAGCGUGACAAAAAGACUAUUUAGCGCGAAAUGAACAAUUUUUGUGUAAUGUGUACAUAAAAGAAACCGAUUGAUUUUAAUCUAAAUAUAUAUACAUAAUUAUAAAUGUAAUUGUAAAACUGCAAACGAUUUUUAAAUCUGUAUGUGUAUUGUGUACCUCAAUUGUAAUUAUUUUUUUUACGUACUUUUCACAAGAUGGAUUAACGCUAUUUUUAUAAUUUAGCUAAAUGAAUUAUAUAUGAACACGAUCCCUAGUUAAUGGCCAGUUUUAAAUGUCCCUCACCCAGCCGAGAGCCCCCCCCCCACAUAAAAUACAACAU